UAGGCCAGAAUUAAAAUAAAAUAAAAAAGAAUUUAUACGCACAGCUCUCUCUCUAUCUCCUCCUUUCUUCUCUGGUUCGCCUUUCGCAGAGAACAAAGCAAGCGAGGUUUUCGUGAAGAGAGAGAAAAUAAACUAUUAACCAAACACAACAAAUUCUUUUUAGAGAGAGAAUUUUCUAGAGAGAGAAUUUUCUAGAGAGAGAAAGGAAAACUCGUCGAUAAUAAAAUUGAGUUUCUUAUUCUCUACUAUAGCUGUUUGGCAGCUAGGGUUUCCGUUUUUGUGAUUUCGGCUGUAUAGAAGAACAUUAAUUUAUUGAAGUGCAGUUUUUGGAUUGACAAACUAUUUAUUUGGUGAAACUGUCUGUAAGUUGUGGUCUGUGUAUACUUGCUGCUCUUCAAACGGGUCUUCACGAGCCUGCUUUUCUGUUAAUAUUGUUUCCAAAGCUAAUUGUUCUGUAUGGAAAAGAAAGGAUCAGUUCAUCACAAGGACUUAUUUAGUACCUGGAGGUGUCGAAUGUGAAACACUAUGACACUUGAAGAUUUCUUUACACUAACUGAGAUGAAAGAUGGGCUCACAGCCCUGUCUAGAGUACAUGAGUUGGUUGCUGUAAUGCAGAAGGAGAAAGAUUGUACCGUGAAGAAUGUUGGUGAUGCUACCAGGCAGUGGGCUGCGGUUGCAAGCACAAUAGCUGCUACAGAGAAUAAAGAUUGUCUUGAUCUUUUCAUUAAAUUAGAUGGACUAUUGUUUAUAGAUAGAUGGUUAAAAGAUGCUCAAAAUUUUGGUAAGGAUACAGCUGAUGGUUUCAUAGAAGAGUCACUUACUGCCCUGUUGAGAGCACUGGAAAAACUGCAAAUAGAUAAAGAGAGAUCUGUUUCUUCUGGGAUCUGGAUCACUGUCAAUAAUCUUCUUGACCAUGGUUGCUCCCGUGUUCAGGAUAGAGCAAGAGCACUUUUCAAUAGCUGGAAGCAAGAUAGGGUUAGUGAUAGUAUUCAUCAUGAUGGGAGUCUGCUUAGCAGUGAGAAGAGCAGGGAAAAAUGUACUGCUGCAGAUGUUCCUCUUCCUAACGGAAAUGUCGAUGUAGAAAAUAAUGGGGCAGAGUCUGCCAGGGACAAAGAUUUGCAAUUUAUUUCAAGUUCUCUUCAAUCAGAAAGAGUUGAUGAUGUACAGAUUCAAACUCAAGAAAACAUAGAAGAUAAAUCCUCAGAUCCUCUCAGCAUGCCUGUCUUGUCAAACUCUGUACCAGAGAGUCCUUUAUUGAAGGAAAAAUCCUCCACAGUUAUUAUUGAAGGAGCUGCUUUGACUGAGAUUUGUAGUGUUCCUGUUCCCAGAGGAGAAAAUACUGAUGAACAAGAGCUGGAUUCAUCCAAGGCCCGUAGCAGUUUCUCUGACAAUUCAGGUAUGAUAGUUUCUCCCUCUAGUAAGGUGGAAGCUGUCACCAGUUCUUCUGUUGCUUUUGCUACCAGUGCUAAAGAGGAUUUGGCAAAACCUGAAUUGCAAAACAAUGUCGACACCGAGGAGGGUGAUUUUAAUUCAAAGACUGGAUGUGGAGAUACAGGAACAUCUGUAUCUCCAACAAAAACUAGUCCAGAUGAUGCAGGGGCUAUGAAUCGUUGUGGAACACUAGUGCUCCAGUCAACAGCCAAAGAUAGUUGCUCGCCUGAUACUCUGCAGGGUUCAUCUGACAGUGAUAAGGAAUUGGAGAAAUCUGAUGAUGUAGGGACUCCUUUCUCACGGAUGGAACUGGAAGACAUUGGAGUUGCUGAUGAUGAUAGAGAACAUAGCAGUGAUGGGGCUGAGGAUGUAAGAGAUGAUUCUGAUAUCUCUAGACCCGCCAUGGAUACUCAGAGACCUGAUUGGAUUAACGGGAGAAGAUCUGCUACUGAACUUGAAUAUGGCAUAGUUGAUGCUCUAGAAGUUGCUCGACAAGUUGCCCAAGAAGUGGAAAGGGAGGUGAUUGAUUACAAUGAACCGUCUUGCAGCUCUUCCUCUGGGGAAGUCAUGGAAACUGAUACUAGACAGCCGGAUAGCCCUGAUUCUAUAAAUGGAAAACAGAGUCCACACAUGGAGGUCCCUCGAGAGGACAUGCGAAUUGGAGAGAAUCCGUCAGCUGAUGUUUCCCCUGCAGAAGAUGGACGCUUAACUAGUUCAAAUAAUGUGGAAGCGGAAGCAGAAAAUGGAACACAGGAGUUGGAGUCCUCGCUGGUGACUGAAGUGGCUCCAGAACCAGAAGCUAAUACAGAGAAAGGGCUUUGUGGCUUUGAUUUGAAUCAAGAAGUCUGUUCUGAUGAUAUGGAUCGCCCAAUGAAUCCCAUCUCCACUCCAAUUUCUGUUGUUUCAGCUUCAAGACCAACAGCAGUUUCUGGAUCUCCUUAUGCACCAUUGCAGUUUGAGGGGAUUCUCGGGUGGAAAGGUUCUGCAGCUACUAGUGCUUUCCGUCCAGCUUCCCCACGCAGGGCUUCAGAUGUUGACAGGAUUCUUGAGACUGGGGGAACUAGCAGCAGUUCAAAACAAAGACAGGACAGCCUUGUUAUUGAUCUAAAUGUGGCCGAGGACGGAGAUGAGAAGAUGAUAGAAUUAACUUCCGGAAGACAAAUUCCAGUCACAUCUGGCCUGCAUUCUGGGGAAUCAUCGAUUGAAGUAGGUCCUAGAAGAUCAGAGAGGCCCAACCUGGAUUUAAAUCGUAUCAGUGAUGACGGUGAUGCUCCAGGUUUGAGAAUACAGGAACAGCUGUUUUACCCUCGGAAUGGCCAUCGCAGCCCAUCUCCCGCAUCAUCAUCAUCAUCUAUGCAGCCUUCACUAAGGAAUUUUGAUUUGAACGAUAGGCCUCUUUUUCAUAACGAUUCUUUAGACCAAGGGCUUUACAGUGCCACCCAAAAUGUUGGUGCUUUUGUAGGACCAAGACGAGGCGAUCCUGUUAUUUCAAUCAUGGGUACUAGAGUUGAAGUCGGUGGUAGAAUGGAAAUUGGUAGAAAGGACUUCCAUUCUCAGUUCCCGAAUGGGAAGCCGAUGGAUCCUGCUAUGGAUGCUAACAUGGCAAGAAUGGGAGGUGUUCUGGGGAUUCCAACUGGCCCGUUCGCACAUUCUCCUGUUUUCGGGUACAAUGGACUGACAACCGCUCCCAUGUCUAUUUACGGACAUGGUUCAUCAGUUCCUUACAUGAUUGAUACAAGAGGUGCCCCUGUGAUGCCUCAGAUUUUGGGCUCUGCAUCUCCGGUUCCUACGUUUUCCCAGCCUUCGUUCAUCAUGAGUAUGACCGGUGCACCAGUAAGUUUGAACGGUGCAGGACCGUCACGGCACAACUUUGAUCUGAAUUCAGGUUUUGCAAAUGAAGGUGGAAACACUGGAGGGUUGAGACAACUUUUCAUGCCUGGUCAAACUAGGUCAAUGGAAGAGCAUUUGCGGGUCAAUGCUCAACCGUCUUCAGGUUCUGGUGUGGGUGGAAAAAGACGGGAGCCGGAUAGUGGGUGGGAGCCUUACUCAUUACCGUAUAAACACCCACAACCUCCAUGGAGAUAAGGCACGUCGUAGUCGCCAGAGAUCCUCUUUUGGUAUUAUUGAGCUGUAAAUGUUUGGAUCGGACAAUUCAUUCAGGGAGGUGGAGUGGGUAAGACGGUAUUUAUUAUGAAAUUAAACUAAGAUAAUGACGAAGAGCCUGCGAUUCCAUUGGCCUCACUGAAGAGGAGAUCAGAAGUGAAUAAAAGAAGUGGGAGACUGAUGAAUGUAAUGAUUCAUGAGAUUAAUUGGUGAAGAAAAAAGUGUUAGGUUGCUUUAGUUUUGGUUUUAAUUUUAAUUUCUUACUUAAUGUGUUACAUAGAAGGCGUCACCCCAACCCAACCAUAGAAGCUUUGGUACAUGUAGUUUCUUCUUUUUUAUUAUAUAGCACCACAAGUAUUCAAAGGAACUAAUUCAGUUCA